AUGCUAAGACGCUCUAAAAAUUCCAGCACUAACACAAACGCAGACACCAAGAAAAGACAAUCCAUGCAUUUAGGAUCCAAAAGUUCGCUAAUCUCGCUGACUAGCGAAUUUGGCCAUGGACACUCCAAGACGAAGCAGAAAAAGGAGGAGGGCACAGCUCCUUCUCAAUUCCUGUCUCCUACGAAUAAGAGAAGCACAUCUAGUCAGUCAAAGUUAAAAAGGAGCAGCUUGUUACUGGACGAAACACUGCUUAAAGACUACCACUCGGCCAUGAGGCACAUGCAAACAAACGCUGCAAAGGAAGAAAAGCUGCGGAUGGCUCCAUCACCAACGCAGUCAACGAGGAGCGAAUCAGACGCCAGUCUUUCCUCCACCAAGAGCUCGAUCUCUUCCAUAUUUUCCCAAGAUAAUGACUAUUCCAUUCACGAUUUGUUGUACGAAGAUAUUGAAGAGAUGGAUAAAACAGACGCUUUCAAAAUUAACAACACAAUAGCAAUCGAUGAUUCUAAAGCUCUCUUUGUCUUCUGUUCAAACGACUCCUCCUCAAGGACAGCGUCUAUCGAAACAUUGCACGAAUCAAAUUUGGACAACCUGGAUAUGGGUUCCAGUAGAAGGACAUCGUUGGACUUUUUUUAA